CGGUCUGGCGGCGAGCGUCAUUCUCAAUAUGGUUCUGUCAUUUAUUCUGAUACAGAAUCGACAAGGGAAAACACGCCUGGCAAAGUGGUACGCUCCGUAUAAUGAUGAGGAAAAGAUAAAACUCAAAGGCGAGGUCCACCGACUGGUCGCACCUCGGGAUCAAAAAUAUCAAUCCAACUUCGUCGAAUUUCGUAACAAUAAAAUUGUCUACCGGCGAUACGCAGGCCUGUUUUUCUGCGUCUGUGUUGAUGCCAAUGACAACGAGUUGGCUUAUCUUGAAGCAAUACACUUUUUCGUUGAAGUGUUAGAUUCGUUUUUUGGAAAUGUUUGCGAGCUGGACUUGGUGUUCAACUUUUACAAGGUCUACGCCAUCCUCGAUGAAGUCUUCUUGGCCGGAGAGAUCGAAGAGACGAGUAAGCAAGUUGUGCUGACAAGGCUGGAACACUUGGACAAACUCGAGUAAUGUAUACUUCUGCAUGUGUGAAGUCCCAUCAUGCGUUUUGCCGGAAUCUCUGGGGUUUCUUUUUAUUACGGGGAUGAGGGGCCUGGCGUUGGGGGGUUUGGAACCGCUCAAGCUAUCUGAGCGUUUGCAUUUUAAUACAAAUAUUUAGCCCGAAGACUUUGCCAUACCAUGGUUGCUAUGUUCAAUUUAAGUCACUUCGAAAGUGCUUGUUGCUGUUGUCCUUCAUAUACGUGUUAUAUGGUCGUUUAAUUUUGCUUGAGGCACCCCGCGAUGGACAAUUUUUGACGAAAAAUUCUCCUGUUAUGCUUUGGCUGAUAUGAUCUAUAGGUGCGUCAGUUAUCAACCAAGUUAUUCGCUGUCGUUAACAGCAUUGUUCCAUCGGCAACUUAAGAGUAUUACAGUGAGAUAACCUGGUU